AUGUCAUCUCAGUUUUUCCUAAAGACAUCCCAAGAUAUAGAGUUGUUCCAAAGCUAUCCUACUUUUGAGCAAUCCAAUACAAAUUCAAAGGACUUCCCUGUUAUUUCCUCGGUUUUAUCGCCAUGUGGCAGAUUUUUGGCUCUAUCUACGAAGGAAAACGUCAAGGUCUUCACGGGUCCAUGUUUAGAUACCGUUUUAUUAACGAUGAAGCUUACCGACGUAUAUGAUUUGCAUUUCUCUCCCGCUGGUAACUACUUGAGUACUUGGGAAAGAACCUCUGUACAAGACCCAAAUCACAAGAACGUAAAAGUCUGGUAUUUGAAUAAACCAUUCAAGAGUGACUCUACUCCAGAAGACAUACUUCCUGCCUAUGAGUACCAAGCCAAAUCUCAAAGCGGCUGGUUUUUGCAAUUUUCCAAAUUAGACAACUACGCAUUAAAACUUUUUAAACACGACUUGAAAAUUGUCAAGUUGGGCUCAACAAAUGCCGACAGUUUCGAUUUCCAAUCUCCAUAUGCUGUGUUGUCUGAUAGUAACGAAACUUCUCAACACUUCACCACUUAUUUGGUCUCUCCGGCAGAACAUCCAACAAUUUGUACUUUCACUCCAGAAAAAGGUGGUAAACCAGCCCAAUUGAUCAUCUGGGCUCUUUCAGAAGGUAAAAUUACUAAAAAAAUUGCAUCCAAGACUUUUUUCAAAGCCGAUUCCUGCCAAUUGAAAUGGAACCCGUUAGGUAACGCUAUCUUAUGUUUGGCCAUUACUGAUUUUGAUUCCUCAAACAAAUCCUACUAUGGUGAGAAUACACUAUAUCUACUCUCUUUCCAAGGUGUCAACGGUACCUUAGGAGGUAACUCUGUGCGUGUUUCCCUGACCACUGGUCCUGUCCAUGAUUUCACAUGGUCCCCAACUUCAAGGCAAUUUGGUGUCAUUGCUGGCUAUAUGCCAGCUACCAUUUCCUUUUUCGAUUUAAGAGGUAACGUCGUUCAUUCCUUACCAAAACAAGCCAAAAACACGAUGCUAUUUUCUCCUUCCGGUCAUUAUAUUCUUAUUGCCGGGUUUGGUAACCUACAAGGUUCCGUGGAAAUUCUAGAUCGUCUUGACAAGUUCAAAUGCGUGAGUAAAUUCGAUGCUACAAACACUUCUGUAUGCAAAUGGUCGCCCGGAGGAGAAUUCAUCAUGACAGCCACUACAUCACCAAGAUUGAGAGUGGACAAUGGUGUCAAAAUAUGGCAUGUAUCUGGCUCUUUAGUAUUUGUUAAAGAAUUUAAGGAGCUAUUGAAAGUGGAUUGGAGACUACCUUGUAAUUAUAAGACCUUGGAAAGUAGAGAUGAAGCAUUGAUUGAAGACCAUGUCAUUAGUAACUGGGAAGCGUUACCUGAAUCAUCGACAUCUUUACUAGAUCCUAAAAUAUCUAACAGAUCGGAUCUACAAAUACAUUCUAGUGUCCAAGAAUACAUAAGCCAACAUCCAAGCAGGGAAGCCAGUGCUAAUGGGAACGGUUCAAAGGCCAAACCCGCUGGUGCUUACAAACCUCCUCACGCAAGAAGAACAGGCGGUGUCCGCACAGUUCCAGGGGUUCCUCCUGGUGCCACUAAGCAAACAAUCCCAGGGCUAGUCCCAGGGAUUCCUGCUAAUAAAGACGCGAACACCAAGAACAGGAGAAGGAGGGCCAAUAAGAAGACAGGUGACUUAUCGCCUGAUUCCACGCCUGCACCAUCAGUGCUUGUAGCCACAGAUGCCCCAACAUCUAAUAAGGAAACCUCCCCCGAAGAGAAAAAAAUGAGGUCACUAUUAAAAAAGUUAAGGGCCAUUGAAACCUUAAAAGAAAGGCAAGCCGUUGGUGAUAAGCUAGAGGACACGCAAAUCCUUAAAAUUCAAACUGAAGAAAAAGUUUUGAAAGAUUUGGAAAAAUUAGGUUGGAAAGAUGAAUAA